GCAUAGAUCACAUCCGGGGCUGGUUUAUUCUAAUAACGAGGCGUCCUACCCGGAAAAAAGACGAGUCGUCUGUAAUCCGAUCACGCAAACAAACAGAUGAUACCGCUGACAGUCCGAUCCACGCCGGCGUCGUGAGUGUGUGCAGCGCGCUAAAGUUGUUAAAAGUUGCCGGACCAUGCUGGUGUUCACCGGGGUCGAGCCAAACAAGUGUCCUGCUGCUCCGCUCUGCUUCGAAGCCGCGCUGGGCGCUGGCUGUGGCGCUGUCUGUGGCGCAGGCUGUGGCGCACAGUGACAGACACACCGAGUCUCCACAGAGGUGAUAUGUGAUAGCAGCAGCAGCAUGCCGUACCUGGACCGACUGAAUCGUGUGUGUGGUUUUCUGGACAUAGAGGAGAAGGAGAACAGCUGCCGCUUCCAGAGACGAUACUUCAUCCUGGACACGCAGGGAAAUGCUCUGCUGUGGUACAUGGACAACCCUCAGAACCUGCCCAGUGGAGCCAGCUUCGUUGGCAGCCUGAAAUUAACCUACAUCUCGAAGGUCAGUGAAGCCACAGCGAAGCAAAAGCCCAAGACAGAGUUCUGCUUUGUCAUAAAUGCAGUUUCGCGGCGAUACUUCCUUCAGGCCAAUGAUGUCGCCGACAUGAGGGACUGGGUCGCUGCUCUCAACAAGGCCAGCAAGAUCACUGUUCCUAAAUCUGGCCCUGCACCACAGAGGUCUGAUGUGACCGCGGUGAUCGCGGACAGUCACGGUGGGAAGAGACAGCAGGCCUACAAAACUGAGAUCAUCGGCGGAGUGGUGGUGCACACUCCCAUCCAGAACGAGAACGAAGACACCGAGGGGAGAGAGCGGAAGGGCAACAGGCUGGGCGUGUUGAGAUGUGGUUACUGUGUGAAACAGGGAAAUGUGAGGAAAAGUUGGAAGAGGCGGUUUUUCACUCUGGACGACAACACAGUCAGUUACUACAAGUCCGAGGGGGACAAGGAGCCGCUCAGGGCCAUUCAACUGAGGGACAUUCAGAGGGUCCACGAGUGUCUCGUCAAGUCAGGGGAACUCCUGCUGAGAGACAACCUGUUUGAAAUCAUCACCAGCUCCCGGACUUUCUACAUUCAGACAGAUUCUCCAGAGGAAAUGCACGGUUGGAUCAAGGACAUCGAGAUGAAGAUCCAGGAGUUCAGAGGUCCCCCUAAGGGUUUUUCAUUUAAACGUGCGUCUUCCCUCUACCGGAGUCACAAUUCCUCCUCUGCGCCGCGUGGUCAACAUGGCGAUGAGGGCAGACCUGUGCUGGUGAAGUCCUGCUCUGUGGCUCCGGGCUGGCAGCCGUGGACGCCCGUCCCACCGUGCGAGCCCUCCAUCCUGGACGCGGAGGACGAAGACUGCGCGUUCAGCUCGGUGCCCACCUUACCCUCUCUCUCCUCCUCCUCCACCUCUUCCUCCACCUCCUCCUCCUCCAACUCCCUCUCCGCGCCGGCCCCUUGCCCGAGCGCGAAUCCCGUCCCUUCCACCAGUGGACUGGGGAUGCUCACGGCGUCUGGGGAUGUGGCGUGUGGGCGUCGGAGACACCGCUCGCAGCCUCAGUCUCACACCAGAUGCAGCUUCCCCUUCAGCCUGGACGACGACGGCAUCCGCACCACAGAUGUCUAGUCCAGUGAAGUCUGCGCAGGCUCCUGUGUGGACCUUAGUGUUGGUACCUGCUUUUUAAAUGAAUGUGACUGCUAAUAAUAGUAUUGAUGAGACGCUGUGACCAGAGUUUGGGGCCCCCUGCUGGUCUGUUAAGUGCUUUGCAGAUGAAGGAUCACCUUGCUGGAAGAAGACCACAAGUCACAGGUGGCGUUUUCAUUGUUCACAGGACUGUGAAAGAGUGUGUUUUUUAGUGUGACUUCCUCUCAAAACUUGAAUAGUCUUGUUAGUAGUUCAUUUAGAUUUGGCACAUGAUUCAAAUUUGGCUCCCGUUGGGUUUGUAUUACUUUGAAGUGUUUUUUUUUUUUGUUUGUUUUUUAACAAAUAAGUGUCCAUAUGUUUUAUGUUCAAACUUAUGUUCUAAAAAAACUCCAAAUGAUUUGGUUGGCUUUAUUUCUCCUGUUGAGCCGAGCAGUGUUUUCCUGUGCUUUUCCUCCUCAGACGUUACAGUGUAUGUAAAAGCUCACGUCCACUUACCUUCAUUUAUAAUUAACAAGCACUUAUUACAACAAUCUAAUCAGGUGUCUGGGUGAAUAUCCUGUAGGUCUCAUGAAAAUAAAAUUUAAAAAACAAAAGGUACUCACAUGCUAAUUGAGUUUGAAGUCAGCAGCAGCAGCAGCUUCUCUGUGUUUGCACUAUGUUUGAAACUUUUCUCCUCCUCCUCUUUUUAAAACGUGGCUUCAAGAUCAAUCGUCAGUAAACUGUGAUUCCUCUCUUUGCUUUUGAUGUGGUACCGCAACAGCACUGCAGUGUUUUCGAGGUACUCUGUCAUAGAAUGUACUUCCACUAUCAGAGUACAGCUGAUCAGCUGGUCGACAGCUUUGUUAAUGUGAUUUUAUGGAACUGCAGCAUUACAUGGGAAAAUGUGCCACUACUUUUGGUAAUUUAAUUUUUAAAAUUCUGCACAUUUUUUUUGCUUUUCUCGUUUAUUUUGCUGUUGUUGUUGUUAUUAUGUUUUGGCCACAGCUUCCACAGCAGCUAUUCUUCUGAGAAGCUGCUGUGUCUCAGAAGAUACGUUUUUGUUUGCUGUCGUUCAGCCUCAACACUUAAUUGAUGUGGUACCGCGCUCCACGCCUGUUUCCGUUUUCUGAACGCGUGUGCACUCGUUCUGCUUGCGUACACAGUUAAUUUUCCUUCUUGUACAUUAAAUGACGCUUUUUAUUUG